AUGCCUGGCACACGAUCAUCUGCUCGUUUGGCUGAAAAGCAGUCCAGCCCCCCGGCUGCUUCCCAAGAAACCAAAGACAACAAACGCAAAGCCGACGACUCUCAAUCCUCCCCUUCCAAAAAGGGCCGCAAGAACGCUGCUGAGCAAAAGACGAUUGAAGAGACUCUCAAGCCUGCCCAAGACGCCGGCGCCAACUCCGAGUCCAAGCCAUCUGUUGAAGCUGGUCAGACUGAGACUGCCGAGCAGAAGCCUGCUGCCGAUUCAGCUGAGCAAAAGUCGUCCGAGCAAUCAUCUGAACAGAAGCCUUCUGAACAGACUAACGCUGAGAUGAAGGACGACGGUUCCAUCAAGCAGGACGACAUCCACCGCGACUUCGCUGCUGAUCCCAAGGUCCCGAUCGAGGAGAAGCCCAAGGAGGACGAGGACGGUGGUGCUGUCGAGGAAAGUAAGGAUCGUGCUGAGCAAAUGCCCAGCAACAUCCAAGAAAAGGGUAUCAUCUACUUCUUCACCCGAGGCCGUGUUGGCAUUGACGACCCUCAGAGCGUCCAGGACCUGCAGCGUAGCUACUUCGUUCUGCGUCCCCUCCCCACCGGCGCAAAGCUAGGUGACGGCGCUAUCGAGGAUGCCAAGAACAACCGUCUCUUCGCUCUUCCCAAGAAGGUCUUUCCCCAAAGCCCCAGUGACAAGUUCAUGGUCUUUGUCGAAAAGGCAAAGGCUUCCUUGGAAGAACUCAAGAAGAACUAUUUCCAAGGCUCAGAGAAAGAAAUUAACGCUACAGGCAACCGACCCAACCACCCCAUCACUCCUAUCGGCGAAGGUGUUUACGCCAUCACCACCACUGGCACUCGCUCUGAAUCUCAUCUUGCCUACAUGCUCACCAUCCCUCAAGAGCCCGGUCAGAUGCAAAAGGACAUGGGCAUCCGCGAAAAGGGCAGUUUCGUGCUCAGUCUCAAGAAUCCUCAAGCCAAGGGUCCAUCAUACGCUACCCUCGACAAGCCCGCAGAGUUCCCUCAAGACAUCAUUGAGGACUUCCGCGGCCGCAACUGGAUGCCUGCCCAGCCCAAGCACCUCGACUAUGACAAUGCACAGUUGUUGAUGAUCGGAGAGCCCUUGGAUGACAGCCACGCUCUCGAAGCCACAUCCAAGGACCAGAACUCGGACAACAAGGAGACACCGCAAGAGGAGAUUGAGAAGCUUGAGCAUGAAGACGAGCUCCGCGUCGAGCACCUCAAGGGAGACGACACGGUGUUUGCAGACUUGGGUCUUUCUCACAAGGAGUACCCUAGUGUACCCACCACCUGGUAA